AUGACGCAUCCAGUGAUAUCAUUAAAGCCAAGCUACAACUCAAUCAUAAGAGGUUGCCCUGGAUUACCUGAAACUUUGCCUAGAUUGGAGUGCGAACUCAGAGUGAGAUCUAGUGAUGGUGGAGAGUUUUACAUUGAGGGUAUGGAGGUAGUUUUAAAAACUACAGAGGCUCUUAAUAGCUCAGGACACACCUUCAGUUCAAGGACUAAAAUUGAAAAAACUGUCGUUCAUUAUAAGAAGAACGUAAAGGUUUCUAGCAAAAAGCUGGUCGGGAUAGACAUUCCACUUACAAUUAGUGUUCCCGAUGACAUUAAGGAAACAAACUACAAUCCGCGGUUUGGACACUGUUUUACUACUUUGGAAUGUCGAGCUACUUACUUCACGAUCGCGGGAAACCCGCUUAUGGAAACAUUCACAACUGCAGUAAAUGUAGAACGAUACGAUAUUCUGGCGUCUUCAAAACAUUCACAGCCAUUAAGUCGAACUUAUCACUCACCGGACAAAAAAGUUCAAGUCAAGUACGAAGUCCGAAAUCCUUGCAUCACUUCCGAUGAUCUCCUUCAUCUUAAAUUGAACAUCAUUCCAAGCUUAUCCUCGGGCGCCUUUAAGAGCUCACCAAUGAAGAUCAACAAAAAGCUCAAACUUAAGGCCGUGACAUUUGAGAUCAAAGAACUCCUAGAAACUUAUGAUUCCCAUCACGAUUCAAAAGAAAACAUCAUACACACCGUGGUGAAAAGUUUCAACGAAGUGAUAACAAAGUCAGGGACCCAGUUUGAAACAAAUGUUCGAGUAAUGACUAAGAACUUGCAAUUUAAGCAGUAUGAAAUGUCCCUUAAUGAGCCAGCAGUGCUAUUUAAAUUGCCCGCUCAUCCACCUGUAUUGGCAGAGCCUCCACCGGAGACCGUACUAUUGAAGAGUAAAAAAGAAUUAGAGCCGUUUCAUUACCAUAGCUCGAUAACUACUAGAGGAAAACUCUUUUCCAUUACACAUGGUGUCACAAUUAAAUUUAAAAUAGGCAAUGCAAAGGAUUUCGAGAUUCACCAGCCCAUUGAUAUAUCUCCAUGGGUCCUGCCCCAGCUGAAACAUAUUGAAAAUGUUGUGGCUCGAGAAAGGGAAAUAGCGAAAAACGCUAGGUCAUUUUACGAGUCCUUUGGUGGGAUAAGAAGGCGCAAAAGCUCCGGAGAACUGGAGUAUCCGCCCUUACCUCCGGUAGUUUACUUGGCAGACAAGCAAACCUUAAAGCAACUAGGAAUACAAUACGACACAAGCUUUAAAACACCAAAAAGGAUAUUGGUGAUUGAGUAG